AUGCCUUUCAAAAAGCCAAGAAAUGAGCUGAUUCCCAUGCAAAAGAAGGAUUUAGCAAUUCAAUCGGGUAUUCAUCGAACUUCUAAGCUUGAGGCACCAAUAAUGCUUCUCACUGGACAUGAAGGAGAUAUUUUUACUGGCAAAUUCUCCCCAGAUGGCAACAUUUUAGCUACCUCUGGAUUUGAUCGGAUGAUAUUAUUUUGGAAUGUUUAUGAUGAAUGUGACAAUCUUGGGGUUCUGCGUGGACAUACGGGAGCAGUUAUGGAAUUACACUUUUCCACAGAUGGCAGCCAGGUGUUUACAGCAUCAACAGAUAAGAAUUUAGCCAUUUGGGAUGUUGAUACUGGAAUUCGAAUAAAGAAACUCAAAGGUCAUCAAGGUUUUGUUAACAGUUGCAAUCCAGCUCGAAGAGGUCCACAGUUGAUUUGCAGUGGAGCUGAUGAUGGAACAAUCAAGCUUUGGGAUGCUCGUAAAAAAGGUGCUGUACAGACUUUUCAGAAUGUUUACCAGGUUACAGCAGUAACAUUUAGUGACACAGCUGAGCAAAUAAUUUCUGGUGGCAUUGAUAAUGAUAUCAAGGUCUGGGAUUUACGAAAGAAUGACAUUUUAUACAGAUUAAGAGGACAUACAGAUACAUUGACUGGAUUAGAACUCAGUCCAGAUGGUUCAUAUCUUUUAUCAAAUGGCAUGGAUAGUACUUUGAGAAUUUGGGAUGUUAGACCUUUUGCUCCUCAAGAAAGAUGUGUUAAAAUUCUUCAGGGACAUCAGCACAGUUUUGAGAAAAACUUGCUUCGUUGUUCAUGGUCAACAGAUGGCCGUAAAGUAGCUGCUGGCUCUGGUGACAGAUUUGUGUAUAUUUGGGAUACAACAUCACGGCAGGUUUUAUACAAGUUACCUGGACAUGCAGGAUCUGUAAAUGAAGUAGAUUUUCACCCAUAUGAACCCAUCAUCAUGUCCUGUUCUAGUGAUAAAAAGGUUUACCUUGGAGAGAUUGACUACUGA